AUGUGGCACGAUGGCAAGAUGCACGGUUUGGGCAAAUACUCGUAUUUUGUGGAAGGUGUCAACUGCAAGGAGUUCAACGGCGUUAGUCUAGAAGGCUCUUUCGACUCUGGUCGGGACGCCGAGAGCCUUGCUGAGUAUAUGGUUUGGUACGAAGACCUCCUCAAGCCGGGGCUUGUGAAUGCGGUUAGGAAUUUAGGCGAGAAGGUCGCUGCUUUGAUUGCCGAAGGAGUUGAUGCGAAUGACCCCAAUCGGGAGGCAUUAGCCACUGAGUUGCUCAUGAGGGAGUCAAGCGAGCUCAAAGCAACUGAAGAUGAAGAACCACACUCAGUGUGGACACGACCAUCGGCUGGAACUGUGGAGGCCCCUGCAUGCCUCACCCCGGAAGCCAGAGCGACUCUUUCAACCGUUCGAGCGCUGUUGGCACGGAGGAUGCUGGUCGCCGCUAUCGCUAGCAUGAUCAAUGAUGACAGCACUGAUCCAGUUGAGACUUCCAAGGGGGCCGAAGGAGAGCCCAGUGAUAGACUGGUGUUUGAUAUACUCAAAGAUGAGGAUGCGAAAGACCUCACUGGUUCAGCCCAACUUCGUAUAUCAUAUCAGAUUGUUCGAAUGAGUGUCGCAUACCCUGAUCCUCGUGAGGAGGGGACUGGUCCAAUUCGUGGGUAUUUUGACUUCUUGAACAUCAACGAGGACGCCGUGGAUGGACACACGUGCGACUGGAGGUUGCUUCGAGUUGACUGCGGCUACGAGGAUACCAUAGACGAGAGAGCGGAAUUGGAAAACCUCAUAGUGUCUAGCAGUCGUGGCAACAAGGGGAAGAAGAAAUGA